AUGUUUGGAAUGCCAGCUGUGAUGCUGAAGAUUGCCUUAAUUAUAAUUAAUACACCAACAGAGAUUAUUUCAUUAGCUUCUACCAUAGUUGCGUCGAAUAGUCUUGGAAAUGAAUAUAUUGAAAAAUGGUGGAGUACAGACACAAUGAAAAAUAAACAAAUGGUAGGAUAAUUAAUUAGUUCGUCUUAUAAUUGACAGAACAAUAAAACAAAUGGAACAUCCAAAUAAAGAAUUUCAAGAAAUUACAAAAAAAGAAGUUUAUAAAAUAUAUCAUCCAAAAGGACAAAUUUUGUAUAGAUACG